GUGUGUGUGUGUGUCUCUGUGUGUGUGUGUGUGUGUCACUGAUCGCGGAGUUGUGUGUCUGUGUCACUGACUAGUCCUGUGCGUGUGUGUGUGUGUCUGCCUGUGUGAUCGAUACUGCAGCAAUUAGUCAUCUCCAAUUAAUUCCCAUUAACCAGCCGGUGAGAGUGUUGUUCAUCUGCUGCCGCUUCCUCUUCCAACAGCAGCCGUGAUGUGUGAGUAGAAAGCCCGCCAGGCUCAGCCACAGCACCCGGAGAGGUGUCUCCAAACAUGGACAGGAUAGGGGUGUCAUUCCUGGACCCUCUGGAUGACUACGAGUUAAUUCACAGGAUUGGGUGCGGCACCUAUGGAGAUGUGUUCAAGGCUCGUAACAUCAGGACGUCUGAACUGGCAGCGAUCAAGAUCGUCAAGCUGGAUCCUGGUGACGACAUCACGUCCAUCCAGCAGGAGAUCACGAUGAUGAAGGAGUGCAAGCACAAAAACAUCGUGGCCUACUUCGGCAGCUACCACAGGAACACCAAGCUGUGGAUCUGCAUGGAGUACUGUGGUGGAGGGUCACUUCAGGACAUUUACCACGUGACGGGUCCAUUAAGGGAGAAGCAGAUAGCGUAUGUGUGCAGAGAAACCCUCCAGGGUUUGUAUCACCUGCACGAAACAGGCAAAAUGCACAGAGACAUAAAGGGAGCCAACAUCCUUCUGACAGAGAGAGGAGACGUGAAACUGGCUGACUUUGGAGUGGCGGCAGAGAUCAGCGCCUCGGUGGCCAAAAGGAAGUCUUUUAUAGGAACUCCCUACUGGAUGGCUCCAGAGGUGGCUGCAGUGGAAAAGAAGGGCGGGUACAACCACCUGUGUGAUAUCUGGGCAGUCGGCAUCACCGCCAUCGAGCUGGCUGAGCUCCAACCGCCCAUGUUUGACCUCCACCCAAUGCGUGCGCUGAUGUUGAUGUCCAAGAGCAACUUCCAGCCCCCGAGACUAAAGGAUAAAUCCAAGUGGUCUGCAGGUUUCCAGAGCUUUGUGAAGAUGUCUCUCAUUAAAAGUCCUCGUAAAAGGCCGUCAGCUGAGACGCUGCUGCAGCAUCCGUUUGUGACGCAGCUACUGACACGUAACCUGGUGAUUGAGCUUCUGGACAUGGCCAACAACCCCGAGCUCCACUCCAGCCACACACACAGCCUGGAUGACAACGACCUGGAGGUUGGGGAAAUAGCUCCUGACAAGAUCCAGUCAGCCGGGAAACACCUGCCUGUAGAGAGGACCCUGUCUGAAGAGCAAUUCGACCAGGUGAAGUUUGGACCCCCGCUGAGAAAAGUCACAGAGCCUUAUCCUGAUUUGCAGAGUCCUUAUGAUGACGACUGGAGUCUGUCUGGAAAUGAAGACAACUCACCGAGCCUGUUGGAAUGUGUGGAGCAAGCUCUGCAGCUGAGGAGUUUAACCAUUAAGAGGGCGCCAUCUACUGACGGAGGGAAGAAGAGUGGUCUGUUCAGUCUGUCCACAGCCUCCCUGCCGGCCUUCCGCUCUCUGACCCCCGGCGCCGAGGACAGAGACCUGACGCUGAGACCCAGCUGCACGCUGGGCCCCGACGCCGCCACCUCCCCCGACUCCACCUCCGCCACAGUCCUGGCCAGGUGCUCGGCCACGCAGGACAUCAGACAGCGCUGCAGCGAUCCAUGUCUGCCUGGGGGGGAAGCUGUAACGGCAGAGAAGAGGAAGGUCGCCACUGUUUCCUCCCCGAAGAGAGAGACGCCUCUGUCUCCUGAGUGGAGCACACUAAGGAAAAAUACCGAGGACUCUAGGGCUGAUUGUCAUGGACUUCCUCCUACCCCUCAAGUCCAUAUGGGAGCCUGCUUCUCCAAAGUCUUCAAUGGUUGUCCUCUAAAAAUCCACUGUGCCGUCACCUGGAUUUUACCCAAGACAAGAGAUCAGCACCUUAUUCUUGGGGCGGAGGAGGGCAUCUACACACUGAACCUUAAUGAACUUCAUGAAGAUACACUAGAGAAGCUGCUCCCUCAGCGAUGUACCUGGCUGUACGUCAUGAACAACGUGUUGAUGUCUGUAUCAGGGAAGUCGUCCCAGCUGUACUCCCACAGCCUGACAGCCCUGUUUGAACAGAAAGGACAUCUGCCGAAGAAGCACAGCAGUCUGUCGCUCAGCACCAACCGCUUCACUGAGAGGAUCGGCCCCAGGAAGUUCGCCAUAUCUGUGAAGAUUCCCGACACUAAAGGCUGUAGAACAUGUAGCGUAGCAAGAAACCCGUACACAGACAGUACGUUUCUGUGUGCGGCGGUUCCGUCUGUGGUUCUACUGCUGUGGUAUGAGCCUCUGCAGAAGUUCAUGCACCUAAAGCACAUAGCGAUACGGCUGCCGGACUGUUUGCCCGUGUUUGAGCUGCUGGUGUUGGUGACGGAUGAGUUCCCCCAGCUGUGCGUCGGGGUGAGAGACCCUAGCAACGGGAAGCCCCGCCCCGGCCAACAGCUGGAGUUUGAUAUCAUCGAGCUGAACGGCACCGCUGUCUCAGCACCAGAUAGUGGAGCGCUCAGGGCGGUGCAGGUGACCCAGCUGGACAGAGACACUGUCCUCAUCGCAGUAGAAAAGACUGUAAAGAUCGUGAACCUGCGGGGUCUUCCAUCCAAAGAGCUGGCUGCUGAAAUGCUCUUCGACUUCCCCAUCGAAACACUAGUCUGCUUACAGGACAGUGUGCUGGCCUUCUGGAAGCACGGCCUCAAAGGGAAGAGUUUCCACUCAAAUGAGAUAACGCAAGAAAUUACAGAUGAGAGUCGAGUAUUCAGAGUUUUGGGAACAAACAGGGACAUCAUCCUUCAGAGCACACCCACAAACGACCCCUCAGCACUGAGCAACCUGUACAUCCUGACCGGACAUGAGAGCAGCUACUGAGAGGAACUGGGCCGUCGUCUUCAAAGAAGAAGAAGAAUGCAGAUCUCUUCCGCGACCCUGUGGUGGAAACGAUCCUCCAUGACUGAAGUUGUAGCAGUCAGACACCAGCACCAACUAAUCCCAACACCUCUCUGCUGUGAAGGACAAACGUCAGUAUGGGAGCAAGUUGCCCGCUCAGACUCUGACUGUAUUUUGUUGAGAGACUUGUCAGUAUGCUAAGUGAGUUUCUAACUCUUGGGUGUGCUAAUUAAAGUUGCUAAAGCCAAGAUUUUCAUGUAAAUACAAUUCAUCCUCCCGGCCUAAAUCAAAAGUUUGACUGCUACAGAGAAGACAGCUUGAGAUGCCAUCGAUCUACUGCCGUCAGUACAGACCAUAGACUGUAGAAAAACAUAGACUUUGUUGAAUUUGAGUUUACUGCUGUUGUACUUUGGCUUCACUACUCAGCCAUAGGAUUUGCCUGUUUUUGCUAAAGUGUAAGUGAUAAAGUGUAAAACUGAACCAAUUUCCAACCCCACUUCAUUAUUUCACUCAACCUUCAGUGUAAAGAGAGAUUUACAGUUACAGUUAGCAUGAGGCUUUUACUGGGAUACCAUAUGUUGUUGUGUGCGAACUCAAGAAGUGAUGAGGAGUUCAAAUUUUGACUAGAUUCUCUAAAAUUUCAGAUCUAAACACCCAGUAUCUUGUUUGUAGAAAGAACAAUGAAAGAAACCUUCAACAAGAAAUACAUCGCCCUGUUGAAGCUAGCUUAUUAUCUGGUUAAAGCUAUCUCAUGUUAGCAACAGCUGAAUGUUAGCUAGAAUGCUAAAAAAGUGUGUGUAACCACAUUAACUUUUCAUGUGUAUAUAUUUUUAUCUAAGAUCAUGUAAUUUUGAAAAUCACAUUUAAAUGUAUAUGAAGAUUGUAAAUGUGCUAUCUUAGCUUAGCAGCUUUUACAUCAUGUGCCACCAUGUUGAGAGUUCCUCAAUUUUCUGCAUUUAAAGGGUCACUCCUCCGUCUCUGCGUCACCCCUCCAUCGCUCUUAAUAAUUCUGCUUAUACAUAGGCUAAAUGUACAUUUGAUUACAUGAGGUGCCAUAGAAACAACUGUAGCCUACUCCUGAUUGUUUGACAAAAAUACAAAUUCCACAACAUUAGUUUUGUGUGUAAUAUUUAUGUUAUUUAUGGAAAGGAAACUGUAUUAGUAACACUCACCUUUCCCUGACAGAUACUUGAAAGACAUAAUAUGCAUAUGGGUUUUUGAUCUUUGAUGUUUUUGUUGUUCUUGUGGAUAAAAUGUAUGUAUACAAAAAUACAGUAUGCUCUUACAGUAUGGAGGGAUUGUAAUAUGCAGAAUAAAGAUUUUAAUAUCCUUUA